AUCUUUGCUGGGCUGUCUGCUUUCUGCUUCAUGCCUGCAUUUCACUCUUCAAAGCUAUUCUUGGUUCUGUUAGUCGGGUCAGGACUUAGGGGUGUUAAAGAUGCUAACUGUGGGAGUUAGAAUGUGGAUACUUUUGGUUGUAUUUGUAUCGAUGAAUCAUGGAUUCUAUGCCUCAUUUACUCCAACUGAUAACUACUUGCUUGCCUGUGGAUCUUCCCAAAACGUCACCUUUUUUGGUCAGACUUAUGUUCCUGAUUCAGUUCGAUCUUCAGUUGCUGUGAAAGGUCAGGGGAACUCUAUUGUUGCAAACUCCAAUUCUAGUGGUGCCGCUUUUCCAGUCUACCUGUCAGCUAGAAUUUUCCCCAGUCGUAGUUCAUAUAAGUUUGAUAUUAAGCAAGAAGGCCGGCAUUGGAUCCGUCUGUACUUUUACCCCAUCCCGGGCAACAAUUUAACAUCUGCUACAUUUACUGUCGUAACAGAAAAUUUUGUGCUUUUGAACAACUUCAGUUUCAAGAGCUAUAAUGGUUCUUACUUAUAUAAGGAGUAUACAGUUAAUGUAACAUCAGACAUCUUGAUGCUCACUUUCAUUCCUUCAAACAAUUCAGUUGCUUUUGUUAAUGCAAUUGAAGUUGUGUCUCUCCCGGAUAUAUUGAUUUCUGAUCAGGCACAGGGUGUAUCUCCAACUGGCCCAUUUAAUGGCCUUUCUGGACGUGCAUUGGAAACUAUUUAUCGUCUAAAUAUGGGUGGUCCUCUGAUCACUCCUCAGAAUGACACCCUGGGGAGAACUUGGGAAAAUGAUGUGAAGUACCUCCAUGUCAACAGCUCUGCCGUGAAUGUGUCAGUUAGCACCACAAGCAUAAUGUACAAGACUGCAGUCACACCUGAAGUGGCCCCAAAUUUCGUUUAUUCUACUGCUGAGAGUAUGGGAGAUGCAAAUGUACCCGAUGACAACUUCAAUAUCACAUGGGUCUUCAAAGUUGAUCCGACUUUUAUGUACUUAAUCAGGUUACAUUUUUGUGAUAUAGUGAGCACCUCUAUGAACACACUUGUAUUCAACAUAUUCAUAAAUACUGAUUUGGCAUCUGGGAGUCUGGAUUUGUCUAACCUAGCUGGCGACUUGGAUGUUCCGUACUAUAGAGAUUUUGUCGCCAACUCAUCAAAUGGCUCAGGCACACUGAUGGUUAGUGUUGGUCCAGACAGAAGUGCUGAGUCCUAUAAUGCAAUCAUGAAUGGUUUGGAAAUCAUGAAGAUUAGCAACGAAGCGAGAAGCUUGAACGGCGAAUCAUCUGUUGAAACCCUCCUUGUUUCGCCUUCCAGAAAGAGCAAGACAGGAAUCAUAGUUGGAGCUGUUGUUGGAGGUUUUGCGGCGAUGGCAAUUAUAGGAUUGUGCUAUUGCUGUUUGUUAGCCCGCAGAUCAAAGACAACUCACCAGGCUCACCCCUGGCUUCCUCUGCAUUUAUAUGGAAACUCAUUGACUGUGACAAAAAUGUCUACUACCUCCCAAAAGAGUGGAACAGCAAGCUGCAUCUCACUUGCUUCUUCCAAUGGCCGGUUCUUCAGUUUCCAAGAGAUAAUGGAUGCAACAAACAAAUUUGAUGAGAGCUUGCUUCUUGGUGUUGGUGGAUUUGGAAGAGUCUACAAGGGAACACUGGAAGAUGGGACUAGAGUGGCUGUCAAAAGGGGAAAUUCAAGAUCUGAACAAGGUAUUGCAGAGUUUAGAACUGAGAUUGAAAUGUUAUCCAAGCUUCGGCAUCGCCAUCUUGUGUCUCUUAUUGGUUAUUGUGAUGAAAGGUCUGAAAUGAUACUGGUUUAUGAGUACAUGGCGAAUGGACCUCUAAGAAGUCAUCUUUAUGGAACAGAUCUUCCACCUCUCUCAUGGAAGCAGCGCCUUGAGAUUUGUAUUGGUGCUGCUAGGGGACUUCAUUAUCUCCAUACUGGUGCAGCUCAAAGUAUCAUCCACCGUGAUGUGAAAACAACAAACAUACUCUUGGAUGAGAACUUCGUUGCAAAAGUUGCUGAUUUUGGUCUUUCUAAAACUGGGCCUGCUCUUGAUCAGACACAUGUUAGCACUGCUGUGAAGGGUAGCUUUGGAUAUCUCGAUCCUGAAUACUUUAGGAGGCAGCAACUCACGGAGAAGUCUGAUGUGUAUUCAUUUGGCGUUGUUCUGAUGGAAGUGCUCUGUACAAGGCCUGCUCUUAAUCCUGUUCUUCCAAGAGAGCAAGUAAAUAUUGCAGAGUGGGCAAUGACGUGGCAAAAGAAGGGCAUGUUGGAUCAGAUAAUGGAUUCAAAUCUUGCAGGGAAGGUUAAUCCAGCUUCUCUGAAGAAGUUUGGUGAGACAGCAGAAAAGUGCCUGGCAGAGCAUGGUGUUGACAGGCCUUCAAUGGGGGAUGUGUUGUGGAAUUUAGAAUAUGCUCUCCAGCUUGAGGAGACCUCUUCAGCUCUGCUGGAGUCGGAAGAUAAUAGUACAAAUCAUAUUACUGGUAUUCCUUUGACACCUCUUGAACAUUUUGACAACAGUACAAGUAUGAUUGAAGGGGUGAAUUCUGGGACUGAUGAUGAUGCUGAUGAUGCGGCAACUAGUGCUGUUUUCUCUCAACUAGUAAAUCCGCGAGGAAGGUGAAAGUAAAAUCUCUGAUACUAAGAAAAGUUUCGGCUGUAUUUUGCAUUCUCUCCUUGGGGGUCAUUUGGUCUGCAAUGAGAGGACUGCGAUCAUUGUAAUUCUUUUUUUACCUAUAUUGGAUGUAAUAACUCCAUUCUAUAUGUAUUAUAGACGAUAGGUGCAGCUAAUGCAUCCAUGAAAAGUGACCAUUGUUUUUCACUUACAACAGCAUAGAAGUUUUAGCUGUUUGUUAUGUAAGAGGAAAGGAUUGAUAUGAUUGCUGUUAGCAAUGUAAUCAUACAUGAAUUAUCUUGAAUUAAAGGAUUGCAAUGCCAUCUUUUGAAUUGA